AUGCAGUCAGAACAGAUUAGAGUUCACAGAGGCGAGAUUGAGAAAUCUGAAGAAUUCAUCAGAUUUGUAUGCCUAUCCGACACCCAUAACCAAGUAGGAAAGAAGUUUAAAGUUCCUGAUGGCGAUGUAUUGCUCCAUGCAGGAGAUUUUACUAAUUGUGGCGGUACAGAUGAUGUUGUUAAUUUUAAAAUGAUUUAAAUUAAAUUUAUCAAUAAAAUUUUUAUUGUUUUUACAUAUAAAUAAUACGGUAGUUAUAAUAAAAUAUAGAAUAAUAAUUUUUUAGGGAGAUUGCCACACAGAUAUAAAGUUGUUAUUGCUGGGAACCAUGACUUGUCCUUUGAUAAAGAAAAUUUACCAACCCUUAUUCGUAAUUUUAGCUUGAAUCCAACUAUAAAUUCAGAUGCUACCAAAGCUCUGCUAACUCACUGUAUUUAUUUACAGCCCGUUCUCGGCUAUAGAUCGGGCUAUGCCCGAUCUUUGCCGGGAAACUCGGGGGGUUGUCUUCGUCACUUUCAGGUGACGAAUCAACUCCCGAGUUGGCAAAUAGCCGCUAAUAAGUGAUUUGCCAACUCGGGGAGUUGACUCGUCACCUGAAAGUGACGAAGACAACCCCCCCCGAGUUUCCCGGCAAAGAUCGGGCAUAGCCUGAUCUAUAGCCGGGAACGGGCUAUACUCCCCCCUCUGUGAGCGAACAAAAACAUUGGAAAAAUCCCUAUUUCUUGCCCAAAAACCCACCCUCCGUGAGCGAAAAAAAUUUUUUUAAUAUUGAUAUAUAAGUGAUAGUUAUUAUAAUGAAAUCUCUAGCUAAUUCUGUUUAUUUUAAGCAGCCUACAUUUUAAAACAUAUAUUAUACAAAUUAAAUUAACUUUUGCUUCUAAUUUUUUUCAAAUUUCGAAAAAUAAUUUUUUUAUAAAAUUUUAUACAUAAAUUGUUUUUAAAAAAACAAUUUAAUCCCCUCCAUGAAAGAACAAAAUUUUUUUGUUCGCUCAUAGAGAGGGGGAUAGAAGAAACUGGCGUAGAAGUUUUUGGGUACAAAAUUUGGGGAAGUCCAUGAACUCCAACUUUUUAUGACUGGGGUUUUAAUGCAGAAAGAGGAAGCGUUAUUGCUGAAAAAUGGAGGAAAAUACCUGAAGAUACAGAAAUUUUGAUUACCCAUGGGCCACCAUAUGCAAUUCUUGAUGGUUGUGAUGAUGGUUUUCAUGCAGGAUGUGAAGAAUUGAAGACUGCUGUAGAAAGAAUUAAGCCAAAAGUCCAUCUUUUUGGACAUAUCCAUGAAGCAUACGGGGUGUAUAACAAUGGCUUCACCCAUUUCAUAAAUGCGUCUACCUGCACAUUAAGAUAUAGACCGACAAACCCUCCAAUUGUUUUUGACUUGCCUAGAAAAUCUUAA